AUGGGCCAGUAUACGGAAACAGAAGUCAAUCAAGCUCUCAAUGCAGUUGCAAGUGGGCAGAGUGUCCGAAAGGCAGCUCAUGAUGCUGGAAUUCCACCAUCAACCCUCCAGUCUCGAUUAAAGGGUUCACAGGCAAGAAAUGUAGCUUUCUCUAGCUUCCAGAAGCUAUCUCCAGCACAGGAAAGUCACUUAGCUGAAUGGGUGCGUAUCCAGGCGGCGUUAGGGCUGCCGCCAACACAUCAACAACUCAAGGAAUUUGCCCAGCGAAUCCUAGACAUCAGAGGCACUACCCAGCCACUUGGGAGAAACUGGAUUCAGUUCUUUAUUAAGAGAAAUCCAUCAAUCAAGGUUCAUAGAGCUAGAGCCAUCGAUUCUAAGCGUGUCAAUGGGGCCUCAACUAAUGUAAUCAGGCAAUGGUUUCAACAACUCGCCCUUCCAGAGAUCAAGGCGAUCAAACCACAUCAUCGCUAUAACAUGGAUGAAACUGGUAUCCUAGAAGGCAGAGGAUCAAAUGGCUUAGUACUGGGAUCAUCAGAAAGCUCAUCAAUGCGAAAAAAACAGCCUGGGUCUCGGGCUUGGACAACUAUGCUUGAGUGUGUCUCUGCAACUGGUCAGGCGCUUCCUCCACUUGUUAUUUAUCGAGGGAAAUCGGUUCAACAACAAUGGUUUCCUCUUGAUAUCCAUAAACGUGAUAUUUACAGUGGUUGGAAGUUCACAGCAACUGAGAAUGGCUGGACUUCAGACUCUACAGCUGUGGAAUGGCUUGAGAACAUCUUUAUCCCUCUGACUAAGCCUGAUCAUCCCUCUGAGCAGAGACUAUUGAUCCUAGACGGUCAUGGCAGUCAUGAAACAACAGAAUUUAUGUAUCUCUGUUAUAAACACAAGAUAUAUCUCCUUUUCCUACCGCCACAUACAUCCCACGUUCUCCAACCUCUAGACCAAGCAGUCUUUGGGCCUCUCAAGGCGACCUAUCGAAAAGAGCUUGGAUACCUCAUUCAACACAACGAUUCUACAGUUGUAGGCAAACGGAACUUUCUUACCUGCUAUGGAAAAGCACGCCAGAUGGCAUUUUCAAGCAAGAAUAUCAGAAGCGGCUGGAAAGCAACAGGACUAUGGCCCAUUUCGAUAGCUCGACCGCUCAUGAGCCCUCUACUGCUUGAGAAUGCUUCCAAGCCCUCAAAGCCAGGCUAUUCUACGCCUAUGAGGGCCUCUGAUGGUGGAAAAGACGAAAACUGGGCAUCUGCUACAUCCAUAGUAGCCUGGUCAACGCCCAAGAAGACAGUUGAUCUAUAUGAUCAACUUAGCUUAUUCAGCAAGUUGGAUAAAGAUCAGCAAACGCAGCGACUGUUGUUUCGGAAGGUUCAAAAGGGAUUUGAUGAAAAGGACUAUCAAUUGGCUACAGCAGAGAAGAAGAUUGCAAUGUUGGAAGCAGAAGUUGAGGCUGGAAUGGUACGGAAGCGGCGUAAGGUCCAAAUGAGCCCAAAUUCGAAGUUUGCCAACAUUGAGGCAAUUCACAAAGCCCAAAUUGAGGCUGGCGAAAUUGAGGAUAGCUCAGAUGAAUCUAGCGAGCCUGAAUUACCUAUUAAAACUGGCGAUAGUAUCACAGUUGCAGGAGACGAAUCAGACUUAUAG